UCUACUCGACCAGCAUACAACAACGAAGAGCUGAAAGAACUAUACUUAACAUCGACGCAGAGGAAAUGCCAGAAAUAAAUAACUCUGAAAUAAGAAUGACAUUCAGUCAGAUGAAAAACAAUAAAUAUGCAGGAGAGAACAGGAAUACUGCAGAGAUGCUGAAAAAUUUAACAAAUACUGAAGAUUCCAUUUAAUAAAAUAAUAAACGGAGAAAAGAUUCCACAAGAUUGGCAUAACUCCCAAUAUUCAAAAAACGAGACAAAACAAAUGUUGAAAGCUACCGUCCGAUAUCUAUAUUAUCACACAACAGAAACUUACAUCCAGGAGUGGAUGGACAAUGGUUGACAAAGAAGAAGAAGUCUUUUACGUUUCUCUUGCUCUUUUGCUAAUGUUUUUGAUUGAGUUCUGAAAAUAUUUAAUGGUAGUGUCUCAUCUACUAUGUUUGUCCAUUCAGAUGAUGGAAUAUCGAUCGUACACUUUAAGUGUAAUGGAAGACUGAAGUCUGGAAAAAUUUAGAUUCUUUAAAUGUUUAUCUUCGAUGCUUUAAAAGCAAAUGUGCUUUUAAUUUGCCAAUUCAAUAAAGAAUAACCGCGUGCGCCCACCAUCAGAGCCCGGUCUAUAUUGAACCGAUCAGUUAAUGAUAAUUAUGCAGUUUAGAUGAAAUACUGGUUAGCAUUCUGAUUUAAAUUAGACAACUCCCUUGAUAUAUUACACGUAAUAUUAAAUAUGGCAUUUGUAAUCGACACAUAAAGAAACGCAUUGAAAGUCCAUCGCUUUUGGAAAGUUACAUUAGAUCAGAGUUAUUAGCCCUUAGUUUUCAAUGGAUAUUAAUUUUGAGUAUUCGUCCAACAAAUCUGAUCCAACGCCACUGAAAUUUGUAGUUUGGAUAGUAAAACUGCUUCGGCAUAAAAAGUGUAAAUGGCUGGUUCAACUGUGCAACCUAAUGUUUCAUCUAAUUGCACUUAUUUACCCGUCGAUUGACAAAAACAAAACUUAUUACUCAACUGUGAAAAUCACGGAGCCGCCUAUGAAAUUUUUGGAUUAUUUUGGUUUUAUCUUAAUAGCAAUGACUAAUUUUAUUUGCAUUGCGACUGUUCAAAGGAAUGUUGAUAUGUUCGAUUUGACGUUCAUCCUGAGAAACAAACUAAGAAAUGCAAAAUCCAGCACAAAAUUUUCCAGAUGGCUAUCGAUUCUUUAUGUACUGGUAAUUAUCUUCAUUCCUUUCAACAUUGCUGCUAUAGUUUUGCAAUACGAAGCGGGCAAAGUUAAGUAUCCAAUCGCACUGAGUACGGAAUACUGGUGCUUUAAUUUAACCAUCGGUCUUUUAUCGUGCAUUAUUCAUUAUAUCAAAGAAAUAUUUGAAAAUGCAAACUCAUUCCUAACUGACAGAAUAUUGGCCAAUUUUUAUUUCACUGGAAAAAUUAUAAAUAGCGUUAUUAUAAACGAUAUGAGAUUCAUUACGAAACACCAUAAUAAUAUAUGUAACCUUCUGGAUGACUUCAAUAAUGCAUUCACGCCGUUGAUGGCAUUCGUGCUGUUGGCCUUAAAUGUGCUUAUUUUAUGGGAUUUCGGCAUGAUUAUUUUACUAAGGACCAAACUCAGUACGGAAGUAAUACAUACACACGUUUACAUAUUCGGAGUUGCUGGUUUAAUUGUGUUUGGUCAAGGUGCAAUUGCCGCUUGGGCAGGAGAACAACUAGCUGAAGAAGGAACUAGAACUACAAAAAUUUGCUAUCAACUAUUGAACAGUGUGCCUUCAAAUAUGAGUUCGGAAACGAAAAUACACGUCGAAAAGCAAUUGCGAUUGCUUCUAGAACAGAGUAAAUCCCACAAAGUCAGCGUGCAUGCUGGAGGAUUUUUUCAGGUGAAUUUUGGAAUAUUGGGAUCGAUAGCAUCAACAGUGACAACUUAUUCCAUAGUAAUCGUUCAAUUUUUGUUAAAGACCAACAACAAUACAUGUAAACAAGAUUAGAA